AUGCAGGAUAAUUUGAAGAAUUUUUUUUAUAUAAUUUUAAACAGAUUCUUUUCUUAUUUUCCUUUAUUUCCAAUUUAUUUCCUUUUUUACGCUUUCAAUGUAACUGACGUUUUUCAUAUCUAUCUAUCUAUCUAUCUAUCUAUCUAUCUAUCUAUCUAUCUAUCUAUCUAUCUAUCCCUGACUGUUCGUAUCUAUCUAUCUAUCUAUCUAUCUAUCUAUCUAUCUAUCUAUCUAUCCUAUGUCUGUUCAUUAUAUCUAUCUAUCUAUCUAUCUAUCUAUCUAUCUAUCUAUCUAUCUAUCUAUCUAUCCUAUGUCUGUUCAUUAUAUCUAUCUAUCUAUCUAUCUAUCUAUCUAUCUAUCUAUCUAUCUAUCUAUCUAUCUAUGUCUGUUCAUUAUCUAUCUAUGUCUAUCUAUCUAUCCUAUGUCUGUUCAUUAUCUAUCUAUCUAUCUAUCUAUCUAUCUAUCUAUCUAUCUAUCUAUCUAUCUAUCUAUCUAUCCCUGACUGUUCGUAUCUAUCUAUCUAUCUAUCUAUCUAUCUAUCUAUCUAUCUAUCUAUCUAUCUAUCCUAUGUCUGUUCAUUAUAUCUAUCUAUCUAUCUAUCUAUCUAUCUAUCCUAUGUCUGUUCAUUAUAUCUAUCUAUCUAUCUAUCUAUCUAUCUAUCUAUCUAUCUAUCUAUCCUAUGUCUGUUCAUUAUCUAUCUAUCUAUCUAUCUAUCUAUCCUAUGUCUGUUCAUUAUAUCUAUCUAUCUAUCUAUCUAUCUAUCUAUCUAUCCUAUGUCUGUUCAUUAUAUCUAUCUAUCUAUCUAUCUAUCUAUCUAUCUAUCUAUCUAUCCCAUGUCUGUUCAUUAUCUAUCUAUCUAUCUAUCUAUCUAUCUAUCUAUCUAUCUAUCUAUCUAUCUAUGAUGAAUCUGAAUCUGUUUUCGCUAAAUACUGCUUUUUCUUCUCUGGUAUCUCUCUCUCUUUUCACCCCCCAUCUCUCUCUCCACCCCCCAUCUCUCUCUCUCUCUCGCCUUCUCUUUCUCUCUUCUUCUCUCUUUAUCUUUUUUCUCUUCAUAUCUAUCUAUCUAUCUAUCUAUCUAUCUAUCUAUCUAUCUAUCAGUAUAUUCGUAUCUACAAAUCUAUCCUGGGCAGUUCAUAUCUAUAUAUGUUUGCUUUUUCUAUCUAUCUAUCUAUCUAUCUAUCUAUCUAUCUAUCUAUCUAUCCCAGUCUCUUCCAUAUCUAUCUAUCUAUGUAUAUUCGUAUCUACAAAUCUACCCUGGGCAGUUCAUGUCUAUAUAUGUUUGCUUUUUCUUUCUAUCUAUCUAUCUAUCUAUCUAUCUAUCUAUCUAUCUAUCAGUAUAUUCGUAUCUACAAAUCUAUCCUGGGCAGUUCAUAUCUAUAUAUGUUUGCUUUUUCUAUCUAUCUAUCUAUCUAUCCCAGUCUCUUCCAUAUCUAUCUAUCUAUGUAUAUUCGUAUCUACAAAUCUACCCUGGGCAGUUCAUGUCUAUAUAUGUUUGCUUUUUCUAUCUAUCUAUCUAUCUAUCUAUCUAUCUAUCUAUCUAUCUAUCUAUCUAUCUAUCUAUCUAUCUAUCCCAGUCUCUUCCAUAUCUAUCUAUCUAUCUAUCUAUCUAUCUAUCUUCGUAUCUACAAAUCUACCCUGGGCAGUUCAUGUCUAUAUAUGUUUGCUUUUUCUUUCUAUCUAUCUAUCUAUCUAUCUAUCUAUCUAUCUAUCUAUCUAUCUAUCUAUCUAUCUAUAUUCGUAUCUACAAAUCUACCCUGGGCAGUUCAUGUCUAUAUAUGUUUGGUUUUUCUAUCUAUCUAUCUAUCUAUCUAUCUAUCUAUCUAUCUAUCUAUCCCAGUCUCUUCCAUAUCCCAUCUAUCUCCAUUAUCUAUCUAUCUAUCUAUCUAUCUAUCUAUCUAUCUAUCUAUCUAUCUAUCUAUAUUCGUAUCUACAAAUCUACCCUGGGCAGUUCAUGUCUAUAUAUGUUUGCUUUUUCUUUCUAUCUAUCUAUCUAUCUAUCUAUCUAUCUAUCUAUCUAUCAGUAUAUUCGUAUCUACAAAUCUAUCCUGGGCAGUUCAUAUCUAUAUAUGUUUGCUUUUUCUAUCUAUCUAUCUAUCUAUCUAUCUAUCUAUCCCAGUCUCUUCCAUAUCUAUCUAUCUAUGUAUAUUCGUAUCUACAAAUCUACCCUGGGCAGUUCAUGUCUAUAUAUGUUUGCUUUUUCUAUCUAUCUAUCAAUCUAUCUAUCUAUCUAUCUAUCUAUCUAUCUAUCUAUCUAUCUAUCUAUCUAUCUAUCUAUCCCAGUCUCUUCCAUAUCUAUCUAUCUAUCUAUCUAUCUAUCUAUCUAUCUAUCUAUCUAUCUAUCUAUCUUCGUAUCUACAAAUCUACCCUGGGCAGUUCAUGUCUAUAUAUGUUUGCUUUUUCUUUCUAUCUAUCUAUCUAUCUAUCUAUUUAUCUAUCUAUCUAUCUAUCUAUCUAUCUAUCUAUCUAUCUAUCUAUAUUCGUAUCUACAAAUCUACCCUGGUCAGUUCAUGUCUAUAUAUGUUUGGUUUUUCUAUCUAUCUAUCUAUCUAUCUAUCUAUCUAUCUAUCUAUCUAUCUAUCUAUCCCAGUCUCUUCCAUAUCUAUCUAUCUAUCUAUCUAUCUAUCUAUCUAUCUAUCUAUCUAUCUAUCUAUAUUCGUAGCUACAAAUCUACCCUGGGCAGUUCAUGUCUAUAUAUGUUUGUUUUUUCUUUCUAUCUAUCUAUCUAUCUAUCUAUCUAUCUAUCUAUCUAUCUAUCUAUCUAUCUAUAUUCGUAUCUACAAAUCUACCCUGGGCAGUUCAUGUCUAUACAUGUUUGGUUUUUCUAUCUAUCUAUCUAUCUAUCUAUCUAUCUAUCACAGUCGUAUCUAUGUAUCUACCAAGUUCUUUUCAUGUCUAUCUAUGUAUCUUUUUUAUUUUUUUUUUUAA